GCGGCGCUCACUUGGAGCGCGGCGAGCGAGCGAGAAGAGCCUGAUCCAUGUCCCUGGCUGCCUCCCUGCCAGGCGCGCAAAGAUGAUGGCCAUGAACGCCAAGCAGCCUUUCGGCAUGCACCCGGUGCUUCAGGAACCCAAAUUCUCCAGCCUGCACUCUGGCUCCGAGGCCAUGCGCCGAGUCUGUCUCCCGGCCCCGCAGCUGCAGGGUAAUAUAUUUGGAAGCUUUGAUGAGAGCCUGCUGGCACGCGCCGAGGCUCUGGCGGCGGUGGAUAUCGUCUCCCACGGCAAGAACCAUCCGUUCAAGCCCGACGCCACCUACCAUACCAUGAGCAGCGUGCCCUGCACGUCCACUUCGUCCACCGUGCCCAUCUCCCACCCGGCCGCGCUCACCUCGCACCCGCACCACGCCGUGCACCAGGGCCUCGAGGGCGACCUGCUGGAGCACAUCUCGCCCACGCUGAGUGUGAGCGGCUUGGGCGCCCCAGAGCACUCGGUGAUGCCGGCACAGAUCCACCCGCACCACCUGGGCGCCAUGGGCCACCUGCACCAGGCCAUGGGCAUGAGCCACCCACAUACCGUGGCGCCGCACAGCGCCAUGCCCGCGUGCCUCAGCGACGUGGAGUCGGACCCGCGAGAGCUGGAGGCCUUCGCCGAGCGCUUCAAACAGCGGCGCAUCAAGUUGGGGGUAACCCAGGCGGACGUGGGCGCGGCUCUAGCCAACCUCAAGAUCCCCGGCGUUGGCUCCCUCAGCCAGAGCACCAUCUGCAGGUUCGAGUCUCUCACGCUCUCGCACAACAACAUGAUCGCGCUCAAGCCAGUGCUGCAGGCCUGGCUGGAAGAAGCCGAGGCCGCCUAUCGAGAGAAAAACAGCAAGCCGGAGCUCUUCAACGGCAGUGAGCGGAAACGCAAACGCACGUCCAUCGCAGCGCCAGAGAAGCGCUCACUGGAGGCCUACUUCGCUAUCCAGCCGCGGCCCUCGUCCGAGAAGAUCGCGGCCAUCGCUGAGAAACUGGACCUUAAAAAGAACGUGGUGCGGGUCUGGUUCUGCAAUCAGAGACAGAAACAGAAACGAAUGAAGUACUCGGCUGUCCACUGACUGCGGCGGGGCGCCGCGUCCGCGGCCGGGAGAGCCGAGCGGCUGUCUCCCUGGAGUCGGGGGGACGGCCAUGGGGGCUCCGAGGCGUCUCCUGGCAGG